AUAUUUUUGGAAGUAUAUAUAAGUCAUUAAAGUGCUGAAGAUGAAACAAACAACCCCUUAAAUCAUUCAUAGAUCUAGUUCUCUUUCCUUAACACCUUUACUUUAUCUCUGCCCAUUUUCUUCUCCCACAAAGAAUGAUGAUGGGAGUAUCUUCAACAACUGCAACAUUCUUUCUCAUAGUUGCACCUUUGGUGCUUCUAUGGACAUGGAAGCUACUGAAUUGGCUAUGGCUAAGGCCAAAGAGAAUAGAGAAGGUACUGAGAGCACAAGGCCUUCAAGGCAGUCCAUACAAAAUUUUGGUUGGAGACACAAGGGAGAUGAUUAAGAUGAUGAUGGAAAAUGCUAAAUCUCCAAUAUUCACUAAUUCUCUUUCAGAUGAUAAAGAUGUGACACCACACAUCUUCACAUUUAUUCAUCACAUUUAUCAAAAAUUUGGCAAGAAUUCUUUUUUAUGGGAAGGUACAAAUGCCAAAGUGAUCAUUACAAACCCUGAGCAAAUUAAGGAAAUCUUCAACAACAUGAAUGACUUUCAGAAACCGAAGUUGAGCCCCCUUUACAAGCUACUGGGAACAGGACUUGCAAAUUAUGAAGGCGAAAAAUGGCGGAUGCAUCGAAAGAUUAUCAACCCUGCUUUCUACACAGAAAAAUUGAAGAUUAUGUCACCUAUAUUUUCCCAAAGUUGUGAUGAAAUGAUUAGAAAAUGGGAAGAUAUAUCUUCAGAUGGAAAGUUCGAAAUCGAUGCAAAGACUUUUCUCCAGAUUUUGACGUGUGAUGUCAUAUCGAAAACAGCGUUUGGAAGCAAUUAUGAAGAAGGACAAAGAAUAUUUGAACUACUAAAAGAACAAGCUCAACUUAUUAUGAAAUUACGCAACGUUUACAUUCCAGGAUGGAGGUAUAUACCAACAACUACACACAGGAGGAUGACAGAAAUCGACAAAGAUAUCCAAGCAUCGCUAAUGGCUAUAAUCAACAAAAGAAAGAAAGCCAUGAUGGCUGGUGAAGUCCUAAACAACGAUUUACUAGGUAUACUUUUGGAAUCAAAUCAGAAAGAAAUACAAGAAAAUGGAAACAAUAAGAAUGUUGGAAUGAGCGACCAAGAAGUACUCGAGGAAUGCAAUGCAUUCUAUCUAGGAGGCCAAGAAUCCACAUCAGUUCUGCUUGUUUGGACAAUGAUAUUGUUGAGUAGAUAUCCUGAUUGGCAAGCACGAGCUAGAGAGGAAGUUUUGCAAGUUUUUGGCGACAAAAUGCCUAACAGCGAUGGAAUAAGUCGCCUUAAAAUAGUGACAAUGAUUCUCUAUGAGGUACUAAGGUUAUACCCACCGGUAAUUUACUUCAAUCGAGUAGCUCGCAAAGAUGUGAAAGUUGGAAGUCUUUUCCUCCCCGCAGGAGUACAUGUUUCCUUACCAAUACUCUUAAUUCACCACAAUCGCGAUAUUUGGGGAGAUGAUGCCACUGAGUUCAAUCCAGAGAGAUUUUCGGAAGGAAUCGCAAAAGCAACAAAAGGCCAAGUUUGUUUUUUCCCAUUUGGUUAUGGUCCUAGAGUUUGCAUGGGGCAAAACUUUGCUUUAUUAGAAGCAAAGAUGGUUUUGUCACAACUUCUACAACGUUUCUCAUUUGAACUUUCCCCUAACUAUGUUCAUGCUCCAACAACUGUAUUCACUCUUAAUCCAAAACAUGGGGCUCAUAUCAUUUUCCACAAAUUAUAGUGUGCUAUGAAGCACAAACGCUUCUCAGAUUAGGCAUGUCCUGGUGUCGGACAUGUGUCGUGUCCGACGCCGACACUUGUAAUUACACUGAAUUAUGUGAUUUUUUCAAAUUAUUAACCGUGUCGGCGUGUCAGUGUCCGUGUCAUGUCCGUAUCCGUGCUUCAUAGAUUUGAAUUGCUAGAUUUGAAUGCCUCUUCUAUAAA